AUGGAAUUUCAUGCAGUUAUCUUGUGUGGGUCGGGAAAAGCCUUGUCUCCAUUUUCUCAAGUGAGAUCUACGGGGAUGCCCAAGGCAUUAUUACCGAUUGCGAACAGACCUAUGAUUGAUUAUGUAUUGGAAUGGUGUGAAAAGGCAUUCUUUCCGAAAGUGACAGUGGUAUGUGACCCUGAUACUAGUGAGCAAGUUCAAAGGGUGUUGGAUGAAUACAAGAGUGAAAAGAGUAAGAGAGAAAAAGCGAAGGAGGAUGCGGACGGUGAUGAUGACGGUGGGUCUUUCUCGCGAUCAGUGGAAAUCUUAGCACUCGACAGCAGUUCUAGUGGUGAAGUAUUGUACCAUUUGUAUAAGACGGCGGCAUUGAAAAGUAGUCCACACUUUGUGAUCUUGCCGUGUGAUAUCAUCACCAAUUUACCUCCACAAGUGUUGAUCGAAGAGUACAGGAAUAGGCAGGAAUCGGACCUUGGGAUGUUGGUUUAUUAUAGGAAUCAGCUUGAUAUAGAAGAUAAGAAGUCCAAAAUUUUUCCUAAAAACUACACCGUCUAUUCUGAUUUGGCAAGCGGUCAAUGUCAGCUCUUGGAUAUUUAUUCAAAGGAGGAUAUUGAUUUUCACAAGACGUUACAAAUAAGAACACAAAUGUGUUGGAAGUAUCCUAAUUCGACAAUUAGUACCAAGUUAUUGAACAGUUCAAUUUUCUUUGGAUCAGUAGACCAGAUAUUUUCCGUAUUUGAUCAAGAAGAAAAAUGUACAGAAUCAUAUUUCCACAAUAGAUCGAUUACCAAGGUCAUUCGUGAUUUAUCUAGGAGAUCUUGGAAGCACUCAGAACCUAAAGAUACUGUGGGAUUUUGCAUUUUGCCUGAUCAGGCUACAUUUCUCAGAGUUAAUAAUACCCCAGUGUUGAUGGAAGCUAACAGACAUUUUAUGAAAUUGCAGGCUAUUGCGAAGGGUCAACACCAACAACAAGCAUCUCAUCCCAAGGAUAAGGCUUCUGCUAAUAUUGGUAUAGAUUGUUUGAUUGGCGAAAAUACUUCUGUUGAUGAAAAGACAAAUGUCAAGAGAACUAUUGUUGGUUCUUCUUGUCAUAUUGGAAAGAGGGUUAAAUUAACAGGCUGUCUCAUUUUGAAUAAUACUACAAUCGAAGAUGACGUUCAGCUUGAAAAUUGUAUAUUAGGAAAUGGUGUUGUCAUACGUAGCAAGCUGAGAUUGACUAACUGUAACGUUGAAUCGAGUCUUGAAGUUGCAAAAGGUACACAUUCAAAGGGUGAUACUUUGUUAUGCCUCUCUUUGGAAGGUAUUGUUGAAGAUGAUGAAGAAGAGUUUGCAGUUGACUCCGAUGAAUCUGAUUCUGAUGGUGAAUCGGGAAGUGACUACAGCUAUGACGAUUAUGAUGAUGAAUACGAUGAUAAUUCAGAUGGAUUAUUCGCACAUUAA